AUGAGCAUCUUCGGCCCGCCCCCAGCUCCCAAGAGCCCACUCAACCGCUACCGGCUGCUAUCGCCAACAGCCUCUGUGAGAGUCAGCCCUCUCUGCUUGGGUGCCAUGAACUUUGGCACAGCAUGGAAGGACUUCAUGGGAGAAUGCGACAAGGCAGCUUCAGAGUCCAUUUUGGAUUUUUUCUAUGAACAGUACGAGGAGUCUGAGACAAUCAUUGGCGACUGGAUGAAGAAACGCGGAAACCGCCAUGAGAUGGUUAUCGCAACCAAGUUUACCACCUGUUACAAACUGGGGCCUAACCGCCCCCAUAUCGCCGCCAACUACACUGGCAACGGAACCAAAAGUCUCAACGCAUCUGUUGAAGCCAGUCUGAAGAAACUGCAAACCGACUACAUCGACUUGCUAUAUGUGCACUGGUGGGACUAUGCCACUUCUAUCCCCGAGUUGAUGCAAUCAUUGAACAGCCUCGUUGUGGCUGGAAAAGUGCUGUAUUUAGGAAUAAGCGAUGCUCCCGCCUGGGUAGUGAGCAAGGCAAACGAGUACGCCCGAAACCACGGCUUCCGCCAGUUUUCCGUUUACCAAGGACGUUGGUCUGCAGCGUCUCGCGAUUUUGAGCGCGACAUCAUUCCCAUGUGCAGAGACGAGGGAAUGGCUCUCGCCCCCUGGGGAGCGCUGGGUGGAGGCAAGUUCAAGACCGAGGAGCAGCGUAAAGCAGACGUGGGACGCAAGGUCGAGGCCAGCGAGGUUGAUAUUCAGGUCAGCAAGGUGCUUGAGAAGAUUGCUACCCGUAAAAACACGGUGAUUACGAGCGUUGCACUGGCCUAUGUUGUUCAAAAGACUCCUUACGUAUUCCCCAUUGUUGGCGGAAGGACAGUGGAUCAUCUCAAGAAUAACAUCGAGGCUCUCACACUGCAGCUUACUGAAGAAGAUAUUGAGGAGAUCGAAAGCGCAUACCCCUUUGAUCUCGGGUUCCCCGGCAACAUGCUUUGGGGUAAGAAAUUCAGUGGAUCUCAACAGAAGAUCUGGCUGCUCGAAUCUGCCGCUCACUUUGAAUAUGUUCCUGAGCCUAAGCCCAUUACGCCGUCCAAGGUUGGAGAAUAG